UCAAGAUGUAUCCUCCGAUGUAAACCCUUCGUUAACUACUUGGUGUGAAUUACAAGAAAUACAUGCUACCGAAUUAUACUUAUGGUCAUCAAAACUCUGACAUCUUGAGUGUAUUUUCCUUCUCAAAAAUCCUUUCUAUAUAGCCCCUGAAGCUAACUACAGCGACGUUGUAGCUAAGAAGCUUGUUUCUUCAUGUUGAUAGGCCCUCCUCCCUGCCAUCAACCUCAAGUAUUCAGGCUAAGCACGCAUAGAAGAUUCGCUCAAAGAAGUAUGCUUCUUCAUAUUUAUAGCCCUUCUCUGCCAUCAAUCCAAGGUAUUCAAGAAAAUUGACUCAGCUCAUUUCUCACGCGAAAACACACAUAACAGAGGGAUGGCGACAUGGUUUCAAGUCUUGGUGCUGAUUGCUUGUUUACUUCCUUCACUGGUUGAGUGCAUCGUUCGUGAAUACAAAUUCAAUGGAACCAGGUGGUGAUGGCGAACGCCACAAGACUAUGCUCAACUAAGCCCAUAGUGACAGUGAAUGGGCAGUUUCCGGGUCCGACGAUCUAUGCCAGGGAAGAUGACACCGUUCUCAUCAAGGUUGUCAACCACGUCAAAUACAACCUCUCCAUCCAUUGGCAUGGCGUAAGGCAGCUUCGAACGGGAUGGGCCGACGGUCCAGCAUACAUUACGCAAUGUCCAAUUCAGCCAGGGCAAACCUAUGUCUACAACUUCACGAUCACAGGCCAGAGAGGAACACUUUGGUGGCAUGCGCAUAUCCUAUGGCUUAGGGCCACUCUCCACGGUGCACUUGUCAUCCUCCCCAAGCCCGGCGUACCGUACCCAUUUCCUAGCCCACAUGAGGAAACUAUCGUCAUAUUAGGUGAGUGGUGGAAGUCAGAUGUUGAAUCGGUUAUCAAAGAAGCAUUGAAAUCGGGCUUGGCACCUAAUGUUUCCGAUGCUCACACGAUCAAUGGCCAUCCAGGGUCCGUCCCGAAUUGCUUCUCUAAAGGAAGGUUCAGAUUGCCGGUGGAUCCAGGCAAGAAAUACAUGCUGAGAAUCAUCAAUGCAGCGCUUAAUGACGAACUUUUCUUCAAGAUUGCGGGUCACAAUCUCACAAUAGUUGAGGUUGAUGCAGCAUAUGUGAAACCAUUCACAACCGACACUAUUCUAAUAGCACCAGGCCAGACCACCAACGCCAUUGUAUCCACCGAUCAGGAAAGUGGCAAGUACUUAAUGGCAGCUUCGCCAUUUAUGGACGCCCCUAUUGCAGUUGAUAACCUUACCGCCACUGCCACAUUACGUUAUUCCGGCACCGUUUCGAGUAUUGCCACCACCUUGACAAGUCUGCCGUCUAAAAAUGCCACCCCUGUGGCUACAAAAUUUAUGGACUCCCUCAGAAGCCUGAACUCGCAAGAAUACCCUGCCCAGGUUCCCUUGGAUAUUGAUCAUUCUCUUCUUUUCACGAUUAGCAUUGGAAUCAACCCUUGUGCUACUUGUGUCAAUGGUAGCCGACUCGCGGCUGAUAUCAAUAAUAUCAGCUUCGUCCUGCCCAAAAUCUCUCUCCUGAAUGCACAUUUCUUUAAUCUAAGUGGAGUAUUCACUGAUGAUUUUCCAGGGAACCCGUUAAUGCCGUAUAAUUAUACGGGCAAGCAGCCUACCAACCUGGGGACUAUGAAAGGAACUAGGCUAUAUAGACUUGCCUAUAAUUCCACUGUACAGUUAGUAUUGCAGGAUACUGGGAUGAUUAGCCCUGAAAGCCAUCCAUUUCAUCUGCAUGGUUUUAACUUUUUUGUGGUCGGAAGUGGUAUAGGCAAUUUCAACCCCAACAAGGAUCCGCCUAAUUUCAAUCUUGUUGACCCUGUUGAAAGAAAUACGGUCGGAGUGCCUACUGGUGGCUGGGUUGCCAUCAGAUUCCGAGCUGAUAAUCCGGGGGUGUGGUUCUUGCACUGUCACUUGGAAGUCCACACCACAUGGGGACUUAAGAUGGCAUUUGUGGUGGACAAUGGGAGAGAUCCAGAUGAAUCCCUUCUACCACCACCGACAGAUUUACCCAAAUGUUGAGAACUUUCGGAUACUCCAUGUACAUUAUAUAACUUCAAGAAUCAGACAACGGAAGGCUGGACACUCAACAUAUAACAGGGCAGUUCACCCGGUAGAUUUCGUUUUAUAUCUAUCGGCUUGUUGCCAUAAACAAUCAUACAAAGAUAAGGAAAUUACCAUGAUAAACUUUUAAGUUCUGGAAAAGGAUAAAGAAUUAAGAGGGAAUGAAUACCUGAAGCAACUGUCCCUAAGAUCUUGGGUAGCGUUGGAUUGGAUGAUAAGGUGGGAAAAAUUGUAAGUAGAAACUCCUAAAUUCAAGAGUUUUCGCUUACAAAAAAAAAAAAAAA